ACCAGUGACACCUAUGGACGACUGCCAGCGCUGACAUCACUGCCAUGAGCUGUAUAUGACCAACUAAGUUUCUGCUAUGGGCCUGAAUCUGCGCCGGCUCAGGCCGGAGGCCGUGUUCGACUCGUUUCUGGGUAUACUGGACAUCAAAUUGGGUGCCGAAAUUAUCCUCCUGUUUGCGCUUAUCAACAAGGUCGCUGGAGUUUAUGGAUUUAUCACGAUUGUUGUCGGAGGUACAUUUACCCAGCUCGCCUUUUACGCCUAUUCCAUCGUGACGCUCUUCGUCCUUCUCUGGGCUUUGAAGCAGGUCAAAGCGGAAACAUCCGAGUCGACCGUGCUAGUCGCUCACCUCUAUACCGCCGAUCACAUUGUCCAAUCCCUAUUCCAUUACUUGUUCUACUAUGAUUAUUGGUACCUCCAACCUCACGAUGGUCGUCGAUCUAUCAAUUCAAGAGCUCAACAAGAUCUCAUCGAUCUAGCGGUGUCAAGAGGGGAGGUCAGUAAUCCAGCAGGGGGAGGAGGGGAUGGACAAGAUGGCAUGCGAGCGGCGUUGGCCCUUGAGAUCUGGGAGAGGGAGAGGAUCUUCGCAAUUUGGACUGUGAUCCUAGGCUUUGCUCUCAAGGUCUACUUCAUUUUCGUACUCUAUUCCUAUGCGGCCCAUCUCCGGUCAUCGACAUAUCACGCCCUUCCCAUGACCGCUCAGCCACGAUCUGCAGCUGGAAUACAGCCCAAAGGGACAGGUCUAGAAGGUCAGAGACUAGUACAAUCUGGAGCGGGUGGUGCUGGUGCGCCUCACAGAAAGCAGAAAAACAUUGGAUAUGUAGAAGAUGAGGAGGAUUUUGAGUGGGAGUAGGCUUUCGCCAGCGUAACCAGGUAGCAAGCUGUCGCUUUCUGAUCACGACGUUUGACGGGAAGUGAUCUCCCUGUCCCUUAGUUCCGUCGUCCGAAAGCGACUAUGUCCCUUCUGUCUCAGUAUAACAGCAAGAAUAUAUAUAUAUCACACUCGUAUAAUGCAGCUUACCUCCACAUUA